GAAAUAGACAAGCUGUGUUACAUAAACAGAUGUAAUCAAAACUGUGCUGUGGAAGUGUUCGUCAACAAGUAAACGAUCCAGUAAAUUGUGCAUUUUGCAUUCAUCUGUAAUAUCUACAGUACUGCCGUAGUAGAUUUCGCAAUAUUGACCAUGGAUCUGGAUGCCAAGCCAACUGUUAACUUCACUGUCCUAAAGUGUAAUGUGAAAGAGAUGGAUGUUUCUAAAAGGGAAUCCUGCACAUGGCUUUGGAAUGACCUCACACUAGAGAGCAGACCAGAGGAAAGACAAACUUUACUAGAAUGUAACCGUGAAGCCAAAGAAACAUUUGAAAAGAGAGAAGAAACCAUUUUCAUUAUACAGAGAUCGCCCCUGCAGACCAUCAGAGUAGGAAGACUUGGAGGUGAAAUAAGAGAUUACCAUCUGCCUUACAAGACUGUAUUUCCAGUCCCUCUGUUUGUACCAAGCAGAGUCCAACCACUGCCUUCUGACGUACCUCCGACUACCUCGAGAAUGGUUUCUAAUGGCUUGUGCUCGGAGAAAACUGAAGUUAUUGGGCUCAUUGGUAAUUUGCCUCAGGUUGUACAACCUACUAAGAUGGCAUUGAGGGUUUCCAGUUUCAUUUCUCCACCACCAAGUUUACAUGAUACUACUAGGCAUUAAUAUAUUUUAGAUAAAUGACCGCCUGAAAAAUAAGAACAUUUUGGAUUUUCAGCAAAAUCCAUUAGACCGUAUGAUUGCAUGAAAUUAAGAGUUUGUUUACUCCAAUUAGUACUAAUGAGCAAACAAAAAUGUUUUUGUUUUAAAAAAGGCUUUAUACCAGUUCUAACUUUCUAUAUGCUUGGAGGCAGAAACAUUGCUAUGCUAUGCCUGUAAUGAUAAGAAAAAAGCCAAAACAUCAGUAAUAUUACAGAUGUAUUUGGCCUUUUUUUCAAGGAUCCAAAGCACAUGGAAAGGUAUUCACUGAAUAAUCCCUUGUAGUCUUGUUUAUAGUUUAAAUAAAAAUAAGUAUUAGAAACCCACAUUUGUACAUCAUCCCUUUUCUCAUGAUCUGCAUGAUUAUUUAUUCUCUGCUAUUGUUCAGUUGCUGACUUUAUUGAAAAUAAUAAACUUUAGAAGUAAAUG